AUGGAAAAACUUAUAAACAAUGAGAGAGAGAAUGCUAUUACUAAUACUCCUCAGGACUACGUUUUUCUUUAUGAAGAGUGCUGGUCCUCUAAUCCGGAUAAUCGUCCAGAAGUAGAUGAAGUAUUGAAACGACUUAAAAAGUUUUCUGGCGAUGAACAAAGCAUCAAUGUAGUCAUUAUUAUCAAUAAUGAAAGACAUUUAUAUACAAUUAACGAUUUGGAUAAGUCAUUAAACUUGAAAGAAGUCCGACGACGAUUAUCAACCGAAAAGGAUUUUUUAUUGGGUCGACAAAAUAUCUAUUUUUAUGAUCGAUUAAAAGGAAAAAUAUCACGAGAUCAUGAGAAUAAUUAUACAAUUGAAAAAAUUUUAAUUUCUGAUGGUCCUGACAUUUCAUUUUGUAUUGAAAUUGACAAUUCAAAGCCAAGUUUUCCAAGAAUUGUACAACUAUUUGGUUUAGAUAAAGGGCGAAUAUUUGAUGAUGGAAUGAUGAAAAAAGUUGAAAAACAAGCAUAUAUCAUUAAAAAUCUUCAUGAGAAAGACAUCAAUAUUCAGAAUGAACAUUCCAUUAACAUUUGCGAGAAUAACAAUACUGUAUAUAAUAAGACAGUUUCUGUUAGUUUGUUACCGAAAGAUUUAUUACCGACUGAUGAAUAUAUUAAAGCUAUCGAAGAAGCAUUAGAUGACAGUAAGAGCUUUGAAGAACAAAGAAAAGCUUUGGAUCUAGUAGGAAAAGAAUAUGGCUAUUUCUGGUAA